AUGUCCGAGUGAGUAAAACUUCUGCAUUUCAUUUUAUUUUGGAUAUAAAAACUGGAUUCAAUCUUUAAAAAGUCACAUUUUCAGGUUAAUGUGGAUUAAAAAAAAACAUAUGAAACACUUUUAACUAAAAAUACGACCAAAACUUUUGCCAAGAUUUUAGUUUUUGCAUCACAGUGAUGGGAUUUAUUCAGUUAUUUUAGAGAUUAAAUCAUGAAUUAGUCCCAAGAUAGUUUUAUUACUUUGCAAUAAGACUCUGAAAAGUUAUGGACUUUUUUUUUAAUAUGCAGGAGAUAUUCAGCAGUGGAGAUUUGCUUUUUAUUCUUAUGUAAUCUUUCAAACUUCUCAGGAAAAAGAUUUCCUCGAGUCGGAAGCAUCAGAUAAAGGUAAAUAAAUAAAUCACUCCGUCUCACUAAGAGUUGGAGUAUUAUUUUGGUCAAGGCUUACAGAUUUUACAGUUUUAUUGACGACAACAUCUGAUUUUCUUCUGUCAGAGUUUGAUGCUCUCCAUCGCCAAAGGUUUACUGGAGGAGGAAGCGAGGGAGCAAGAGGAGGAGAAGAGGAGGUACAUGUCCGAGAACUGUCCUCCUCUUUCUAUGCCCAGGACCAUGCAGGAGCUGCAGGUACACAAACAGCAGACGCAGCUGGAGUUUGGAUCUGUGGAGGAACCGUGAGGCCGAGUCUGAACCAACACUGACCUGGUGUGUUUUUGUCUUCAGGAGCUGGCGAGGGAGAUCCACCACAAGAUCGACGGGAUCGAUGAGGAGCGAUACAACAUGGAGAUGAAAGUCAAUAAGACCAACAAUGAGGUAGAUCACAUGAUCGCACAUCGACGGUAGACCAAAGACAACUCACUGUGCUGCUUUAGUCUACAGACGCUCUAAGUUUGAGGUGAAUCUCUAGAUCACUCUCAAUCCAAAUCUUCUGACCUAAUUCCAGAUUAAUGACCUGAAGAUCAAAGUCCAGGACCUGAUGGGUAAGUUCAAGAAACCCGUCUUGAGGAAAGUGCGUAUGUCAGCCGACGCCAUGCUGAAAGCUCUGCUGGGCUCCAAACACACCGUCAACCUGGACCUGAGGGCCAACCUGAAGCAGGUGAAGAAGGAGGUCAAAGAGGAGGUGAGGAACUGGAUUCACUUUUAUUUAAUGAACCUUUUCGGUAAAAACUCAACAAAGCUGAAAAUCCAAUGUUAUGGACCUCUUCUGUUUCAGGAUAAGGAGCUGCGGGAUGUCGGUGAUUGGCGUAAAAACAUCGAAGACAAAUCUGGCAUGGACGGGAGGAAGAAGAUGUUCGAGGCCGAGGCUUGA